AAGUCGGCGCGACCGAGGAGCGGCAGCCAGAGGAGCUGUGGGUUGGUUUCUGCCCGGCGGGUCCAGUGAGGUGGAGACGGCGGUGUUCCUGGCCGCCCAGCGUCUUAAAAACAGAAUGGGUGAAGACGAACUGGCAGCCUUCGAGAAAAGCAUAAACGAAUUUGGGGACAAGUUCCGGUACAGACUCAGUGAUAAUCGUAGCCAGGUGCUGGGACUUAAAGAUGCCUUCAAGGACUCCAUUAGAGCGCUUUCAGAAAAGCUGUCUUUGAAACUAAAGGAAGAAGAAAGGAUGGCUGAGAUGAUUCUGGAAUAUAAAAAUCAGCUCUGUAAGCAGAAUAAGCUCAUUCAAGAAAAGAAGGAUAAUGUGCUAAAGAUGAUUGCUGAAGUGAAAGGCAGAGGGCAGGAGGUGCAAGUGCUGACAGCAAACAUCCAGGGUCUGAAGGAGGAGUAUGCCAGGAAGAAGGAGACCAUUUCCACUGCUAACAAAGCUAAUGAAGAGAGAUUGAAACGGCUGCAGAAAUCAGCGGAUUUGUAUAGAGAUCGCCUUGGACUAGAAAUUAGAAAGAUUCCUGGUGAUAAACUGCAGUUUAUAUUUACUAGUAUUGACCCUAAGAAUCCUGAGAGCCCCUUCAUGUUUUCCCUGAGCAUAAAUGAAGCUAAGGAAUAUGAAGUGUCCGACUGUUCACCUCAUCUUGAGUGCCUAGCAGAAUUUCAGGAGAAAGUCAGGAAGACCAACAAUUUUUCAGCCUUCCUUGCCAAUGUUCGGAAAGCUUUUAUAGCUAAGGUUCAUAAUUGAUAGACUUAUUCUUUGUUAUUGUAUAUAUCCUAAAGGAAUUCUUAUCUCUUGACCCUGUCAUUCUUCACUACUUUUGUGUAGUAUGAGAGAAACUAGAAUACAUCAUCCCAAACUAUGCCUCUUUGACAUAACAUUUGUGAGCUGAAAGCAGUUAAGAAGCGGCAUAGUCAGAGAAACUUUGCCCUCCCUCAGUCUGCCUAAUCGUGGGACCUAGAUUAUAGAAAGACAGAAGUUAGUCGAUUACCACUUCUGACAAAGGCACCAGAGGAAUGGACACGCCUUUCUUCAUUAAUUUAUUCCUGUAAAUAUAUUCUCCAUAAUUCCCCAUCUGUGGAAGUCAAAAGGCAAAUCUGUCUUGUCAUGUUGUAAAAUGCUACUGUUCUUUGUUGAAGAUGCUGUGUAAACCUGACUAAGCCACUGUUUGGAGUUCUCUUCUGUUGGGGUUCUACUGUACAGUGUGCACUGCAUGUGUUAAUAAACUUGCUUGGUUUUUCCAGUCUUUGUAA